CCCGCCCCCCUGAAGGACGCUCAGUGCGCAUGCGCAAAGGAGGCGGUCGGGCCAAGACGGUUUGUGGCAGAGACACCGGGAGCAGCGAGUGCGAGCAAGGGACCCCGGGAACUGCCGCUCUACAGUAACAAAGGACACAGGACAUUGGGCCCUCACAGGAAGUGCAGCCCCCAGGUGCCUCAGGGACUCCCAGCAACUACAGAGGGGCCCUAAACCACAGCCUGUGAGAGCAGAGAGGGGCCCUAAACCACAGCCUGUGAGAGCAGAGAGGGGCCCUAAACCACAGCCUGUGAGAGCAGAGAGGGGCCCUAAACCACAGCCUGUGAGAGCAGAGAGGGGCCCUAAACCACAGCCUGUGAGAGCAGAGAGGGGCCCUAAACCACAGCCUGUGAGAGCAGAGAGGGGCCCUAAACCACAGCCUGUGAGAGCAGAGAGGGGCCCUAAACCACAGCCUGUGAGAGCAGAGAGGGGCCCUAAACCACAGCCUGUGAGAGCAGAGAGGGGCCCUAAACCACAGCCUGUGAGAGCAGAGAGGGGCCCUAAACCACAGCCUGUGAGAACAGAGAGGGGCCCUAAACCACAGCCUGUGAGAGCAGAGAGGGGCCCUAAAACAAAUCCUACAGAGUUAGAGGACUCCCAGAACCCAAGGAACAGAGAGGGGACACAGAGUACUCCAACUUAGAGCUACAAAGUGGGGCCUUAAAGAGUGACUGCAGAACACCCCUUGUGUCAGGGAGAGAAGUGACCCCAGAGGUCCCCAAUGUGAAGCAAGAAAGAGUCCCUCAAAAAUCACACUGUAAAGUAUCAUAGAGAAUCUUGGAGCCACCCCAUAGUAAUCGGCUAAAAGGAGGAAUCCCAGAGCACCCACAGUAACCGGCUAAAAGGAGGAAUCCCAGAGCAACCACGGUAACCGGCUGAAAGGAGGAAUCCCAGAGCACACACGGUAACAGUCUGAAAGGAGGAAUCCCAGAGCACCCACGGUAACAGUCUGAAAGGAGGAAUCCCAGAGCACCCACGGUAACAGUCUGAAAGGAGGAAUCCCAGAGCACCCACGGUAACUGGCUGAAAGGAGGAAUCCCAGAGCACCCACGGUAACCGGCUUAAAGGAGGAAUCCCAGAGCACCCACAGUAACCGGCUUAAAGGAGGAAUCCCAGAGCACCCACGGUAACCGUCUGAAAGGAGGAAUCUCAGAGCACCCACGGUAACUGGCUGAAAGGAGGAAUCCCAGAGCACCCCACGGUAACCGGCUGAAAGGAGGGAUCCCAUAGCACCCACGGUAACCGGCUGAAAGGAGGGAUCCCAGAGCACCCACGGUAACCGGCUGAAAGGAGGAAUCCCAGAGCACCCACGGUAACCGGCUGAAAGGAGGGAUCCCAUAGCACCCACGCUAACCGGCUGAAAGGAGGGAUCCCAUAGCACCCCACGGUAACCGGCUAACAGGAGGGAUCCAGAGCAUCCACAGUAACUGGCUUAAAGAAGGGAUUCCAGAUCACCCACCGUAACCGGCAGAAAGGAGGGAUCCCAGAACACCCAUGGUAACCGGCUAAACGAAGAGUCCAAGAGCACCUACACUAUUUUAGAUUAUAAGUGGGGUCCCCAGAGAUCCUACACCAAUCAACAGAGACAAGGUGUCUCAGAGCACACUAACUCUUAGCAAGGAGUAGUCCCAAAGCAUCACAGAGUGUCCUAAGUAUUUGCAAGAAAGACUGACUAAACAGCACUCCAAGUCAGCAGUGACUGGUCCAGUGCACCCCAAGGUAAAGCAUCAGAGAAGGGUCUCCGAGUACUUAUACUAGAAGAUUAAACACUCCUUUAUUUACAAAGUUUUAAUUCUUGGAACACAUCCUGAAUACAGAAUACACCUGCAGACCCCAAUUCUGAUCUCAUGUUUACAGCGCAGUAGAUUGUAAUUGAAGUACAGGACUUGGCUACAUGUUCAGAACUUAAUAAUCUAGGAGGCUCCAAGUCAAGAACAGUGACACUAACCCUUUGUAUACUCAUAAAAGCAAGUCUGAGUAUGUUGGGAUCGCACACAGCAUUCCUGGAGUAAGUGACCUGGGGCAGUCCAUCAACCUCUGAGCUAGCAUGGCAUCUGCGAUUUCUGAAACAAUGAGUGGCACUAGCCCAGGUAAGUCGCUGAUCCAGGUAUUGUAGCAAUGAUAAUAGGUUAAAAUGUUGCAACGAGGCUUACUUAUAUGAAAGAAAGGGAUAGCAGAAGAUGAUUUGAUCCUGGCUUGAAAACAAAAGUCUUUUAGACAAUCAGUAAUGCAGAAAAUUAUGGAACUUUAAGUUUUGCUUCUGGGGAUGCCAGAAUCAGUUCCUCAUAUUUUAAAUUCCGCGAUUCUAUCAUGCCUUUUGCAGAGAUUUGUAGUUCUUAACGCCAGAAUCAGGCCAAAUAUUUGUUCUACUUAAAUUGGAGUGGAUCAUUACGUGUAAAAAUGCACAUCAUAUUGACCAAGCCCCAGGCAAUUUCCCACUUUAAAAACAUUCACUAUAUGCAGAGUAAUUUCACUGCUUCCUUAUAAGGAAGCUCACAUUUUUCUUUUAUGGCCUUUUAAGAUAAGGAAGCACUUUAGGCACCAUACCCACUGCAGUUUACUGUAGUGGUUAUUGUGCAAGGAGUCUUUUGGUUCUCAGUUCUGCUUUUUCCUCAGUACCCAAAGCUUUGGUCCUUCUCCCACUGCUCCGUGGAUGAACAUGAUCUGUUUCAAAGUAAUCCAGACUUGGAUAGUAGUGAUAGUUUGCAAGUGCCCAGAAUUUAAACCUGCCUAAGUUAGGAAACAUAAUGCGGAAGUUGAGGGUCCUGAAAACCUAGGACAUCCAGAGAAAAGUUCCAUUGGUUUUCAUGGUGACUGCUCUGCUUAUAAAAAUUGCACCAACUUGUCUGUUAACAAUACCUUAUAAAAAUCGCCCCCAUUGCCUUCACAUUGCAGAUGUUAGUGUGAAAUUCAUGACACUAUGUCUCAAAUGGCCUCUCAAAGAGAUCUGUUAUUUACCAUAGAAAAAUGUGUUCUAUGGGGGAAGGGAAGCUCCUUCAUACAAAAGAGCUUACAUCUGACCCUCACACAAAGGAUUUGAUCACCAUUCAGUGCUGUGCUUAAUCAGUCAUCCAUUUAUGUGAGAUAGACUGUCUGUCCUAAGUCCAACGGUUCUAAAAUCAUAUUUACUAACCGACCUGAUAAAAUAGUUCUGUACAUAGAAUUAUUAAAAUGUGUGUAUAUAGUGCAAACGGGUAUAAUGCUAACACUAGAGGAGGUACAGUAAGCGCUGUACAUAAACUCACAUUUUUAGUUAAAGGAGACUCGUCGUCUUCCCUUUUACUAACAUUCUGCAUAUAUUGCUUCUGAAGCUAUCACUGAGGUAAAGAGUGCAGGAGAUAGGCGUUACGUUUUUCAUGAGUCAGUCUGGUUCUUGUGCUGUCCAGGCGUACACACUUAGGCAAUUCUUUCAUGGUGCCUUAUGCACACACAUGCCCUCUUUCCACCCGUGUGCGGGAUCAUCAGGGUAAAAAAGAUCAUUUGUUAUUCUAUGCCGAGCUUUGAGUUGACAACUUGACUUAUUGUGUGUACAGAAUAUGUAUACAUAAUGUUGAUAGGAGGAACGCCAGCCGUUGUGCUUACUUAAAAUCCAUGAUGAGAAGGGAUAUUCUUAAGCUAUGUUAAUAAAAUAGGUGAAUCGGUUUUAAAAAUGUUUUCUGUUUUGUUUGGGAAUCAGGUGAACACCCAUCCCGUAAUCCUUAUGUUUGUGUAGUAAUUCCUGGAAUAAUUACUACUUGACCUGUACGUGGGAGUCACUUGCGUGCACUGCACAUUGUCAUUGCGAACAUGGUAACAGCAUGACACUUCCCAAACAUGUCACAGACCAAGCUCUCUCAAAGCACAGCCUGGAAUCUGUAUUUGCAGUGGAAUCUUUUCUCUCUAGAAUACAGAUUUUGUUGAUAUUUGGACUAAAGUAUCUAAUUCAGAAACCUGCUCAACUCUGCUUAAGUAACAGUUUCUCUGAAUUUUGCAGUGUACAUUUAAACUCCCAGCACUGAUUUAUUCACUAGACCAUUAUUUGUGUUGUGCAUCAUUACAAAGAGCUCUCCACCAUAAGGACAAUCAUUGCUUUAUGUUUGUUGAAAUUCAGAGUGGAAAAUGGACCAUCUGUAGGAUGGCUGCACUGUUUACAGUAACUUUGUGCUUCUUUGUAGACAUUACAUGGGUUUUAAGUAUACAAACGUCCAAUCCCUUGGGUUUUGAAAUCUGAUCUCUGAGUAAAUAUUAGCGUAGUUGAUAUUGCAAUCCUAUGACCCUUGUAAAUAAUGUGAUUGAUAACUAUUGUUAUUUUUGGUGUUGGGUAGAUGAUCCACCCAACGCUUAUCAAUUAGAAAUCUUGUAUCUAUGGAGAAGCUAUAAACGUUUGGUAACUUGUUUUGGAAACUUAAUUGAAUAUCCCUGUAAUGUCCCCCAGAAUACAUUUUAUUUUGAUUCUAAGAAUACAGUGCACAAAGAUGUUCUUUUUGGGAACAUGUUCGUGGAUCAGAGCUGGUGUAAUCUUCCACUUAAUAUCUUGCUUAGCAACAGAGUCCAACAUAGCAUCUCAUCUCAGCUUUUAUGCGAUUACACUGGUAAUGGGGCAGGGAAUGAAAGGCAACAUUAUGGAUCCUUGUGAGGAUGUGAUGCUUUGCAGCAGCGAUUAUCUGACAGAUUAAGGGGAUUGUUGACGAGCUGUGGUUAUCUUCUGUCACAGCUCGAUAUUUUUCCAUGGAUUGUGAUAGCAACAAAUGCUGUUGCUAUGGCAAGUCCCCAGCCACAUACCCUGCAUUCUUCCUGUUGUUUGAAGGUUUCAGUAAUCAGAGUCCAUACACCCUCUUACAUCUACUGCCCAGGACUUUCCUAGCUUAAAAAAUACAUUCUGCUUCUUCAGGGAGUGACUUGGGCCUUGUUGGUAAUUGUGUUUAUUUUACAAUAAAAAUUUUUUUGCAUUGGAAACCUGAGCACUGCCUGCCCCACCUAGGCUGUCGGCUAUAACGUCACACGUGAUGGGUAUCACAGUGUCAUGUCUGUGUACAUACGUACACGUUAAGGUAUGAGAGCGCUUGACAAUGUUACAUAGUUUUUGCAAUACUCAGACACGUAUCCUGGCUGGGUUGAGCCUGCCUCUAAGCAGGUUGGCUUAGUUUAUAGCAUAUGGGAACUUGAAAAUACCACAGUCCUCCACAGAAAAACAGGCAUUUUAUUAGCAUUUCAAAAAGCAUGAAAAAAUAAGCACACUAAAAACAAUUUCAUAUUAAACAAUUUCAUUUUAAAUAGAUAUUAAAAAAAGAUCCGCUAAUAAUGUCUACAUCUACAGAUCCUGAGCCAAAUAAGAGGACUUUGGGGACUCCCGAAUUUUGUCCUAAAUGCCUUUGUCAAGACAUACUUUGAUUCUAUCUGUAAUGUUAAUAUAAUGUGUCUUUUACACAUGUUACAUUCAUUAAAGGGGCAAUUUAAGCAGAGCUUAAAAAUUCCUACUAGCCAUUGGCAAGUCAAAAUUCAGAAUUCAAACAGAAAACACAACAGUGUGGUUACAGGCGCUUAGUUUGUGAUUAUUUGGUAAUGAAUCUGUGUAGCAGCUAGGAAGACACUUUGUGAACACUCCAAACAGCCCACCAACAAUAGAAAAUUCACAAAGAAGCACUCAACGUUUAGGUGAAAAAAAAAUAAUACAUAUAGUGUAUAACUGUAAGCAAAUAGUGGAUGUAUUAUCAAAGGUGAUAGAACCUUUCCGGGUAAGUAGUCAAACCUGUAGUUGUUAUAGUGCCAGCAGUGUGAUGGCACCCUGUAUGCCCCUCUCCCCCAUGUUUAUAAACACAUGACUACUUACCCACCACAUGCCGCUUUACACUUCCUUUUUGCUGGAAGGAGAGCCAGAAACCACCUCUUAGGAGCCUUGGCUUUUGUGAUAUUUGAAAGGGGGUGCCAGGGCACUACUCGCACUAUAACCACUACAUAGUACAGCAGUGCUUAUGCUUCUUGGAGUGUUCCUUUACUUUUAUCAUUACAAUGUAUUGUAGUGGUUAUAGGGGACUUAGUCUUUGGAUACAGGUAAUACUUUUAUUUUUGUUUUGUCAAAUCCUAAGUAUCUAUAGGUCCUAGAGUCCAUGGAACUACAGCUAGUAGAAUCACUGUGUGCAUCCUUAUUGUUGGUGUUCCUUGCCUGUUAAUAAUGCCACAUUCUAAUUUUCCUUCCUAUAACGUUUAAUGACUUUCUGUCCAGUGGGUGGAUUUGGCGUAUCUGUGUGAGGAAACAGCUAACGUUUUGUUCUGGAGUCUUACAGAAGGCUUGGAUGAGAGCCGCUGUCCAGGCUUUUAAUAGCUCAGUGCUUGGUCAUGGAUAUGUUACUGACUGUGUAGUUACAGGGAAGUACAAAUCCAGUCUCCUCCUCCUAUUUUUCUUUAUUCAUACUGCUUAUCUUGGGAUAUUCCAUCCAGCACAAACAGAUGUACACAUGGGGAUACACUGUGUGUAUGUAGUGGAUCUGUUUAUUGUUCCUCAUUAAGACAUUCAUUUGUCUUCCAUGUGUCCUGACCUCUGCCUCUUGUUUAUAAUCCUGUGGUUGGUGCCGAAAGUGCCCUUCUUUGGUAAUACUGUGACCUUUGCCAAAGUGCUACUAUCCCUUUGUAAUGUUGUGGCUGUUUAUCUUUUCAUGACAAUAAGAACAAAAAAUAGAUGUAUGCCCUUAAAAUAACAGCAAUACAAGAAUAUGCAAGUAUGUAAUAGUUUAUUAUUGUGACUACAGUGUAAUAAACAAAGGCACAAAAUGCAUCUUUGCCAUGACAAUUGCCCAACAUAUAAUUAUUAUUACUUUGUUUGAAAUUAGAGAACAUGGCACUCUGCCUACACUAUAAAGACCUGCUCAAUGAUGCCCCAUAGUCCCCCUUCAAUUUAUAAAUAGUCCCCCUUCAUUUGCAUUAUCCCUCCUGGAACAUCAACCCUGUUACAUCUUUGUAACAUGAUGUAUUCCAUGUACUUGAGAUUCACUUUACGGCCAUUUGUCCGAAAUAGAGUGCAGCCCUCUCAACACAGAGCACCCAGAGGUGUGUAAUUUGUGAGCAGUGUUCUUACGCAUUGAAAAUAAACUGGACACUGCAGGUUAAUGUAGUGGAUCAGGUGUCAAAGGGUUGUCCCUGCAUUCUUAGCACUUGAAACACCGCCUUAUCAGAGAAAAGGCAGUGUUUACACUGCCUAGUAACUCCUUUAGUGACAGUGUGCAACACCUACAUUCAGCAUCUCCACGCUCUGCAUGAGACGCUGAACACUGCCCGUAGAGAUGCAUUGAUUCAGUGCAUCUCUAUGAGGAGAUGCUGAUUGGAGUAGCACAGCAUUUUGCUGCGCAUGCGCAAUAGCGUCCCAAUGUUUUCCUAUGGGAAAGCAUUGAAUUGUCUGAGAUCCUCAAGAUUGAUGAUCUCAGCCAUGGAGGCGGGACCAGCCAUGGCGAGACUGGUGUGGUAAAAACAGUAAGUAAAGUAACUUUUAUCUCAAUUAUGUAUUCCAGCACAUAGGAAUACGUUUGUAUUUCUGACACUACAUAGGGUUCCUUUAACCACUGCUACUGUAUGGUUAUUGAGUGAGAUUUAAAUAGAAUGUGACUGGUUUGUCAAUGUUUUUGUUCCAGCAUUGUGUUGUGUAUUGCCUAUGUAGCGUCGCCUACAUUUCAAGCACGCCACUUAACAAAUAUAUUACAUCACAUGUGAAAUAAAGUUUCUGGGCAAACCUUUUACCUGUCCUCUCCUAAAAUGAGUAAUGUAUUGUCCCUUGGUAAAAGAAAUGUGAUCGAUAACACGGAAAAUUCCCUGCUUGUGAUUUACUUAAAAGGAAAUGUAACAAAUAGGUGUGAUAGACUGUGUUUUGAAAGCAACAAUGAGUCGAAAUCCCUAUAUUGUUUCAGCAAUGAAUAGUUUUUAUAUUUAUUUUGCAGAAUGCGAGCGAUCACAGUUUCACGUGUAGAUUUAUGUUUACUGGGUGUUGAACACUGAUUUAGAAACUUGUUUUAAAGAGAAAAAUGUUUUUAAGUGUGGUAGCUUAGUGCAAAUGAGCAAUAUUCUCAGAAAAGGGAACUUGCUUUCUACAUGUUAAACCACCAUUGAUUUGGUCGAUGAUAUCAAGGUUUCUAAAAACUAUCUGCCGCCUUGCACAGGUGGAACACAGCGGAGUUUGCUGUUAACAUUUGGUCUAUAGAUAAUUGCUCUGACAAAUGAAAAUUUUUGUAUUUAAUUCCGAAUAAAAUAGACUUAUUGCUCAUUAUAAGCCGCUACAAACAUGAUGAAUGUUCUAAAUGCUAGAGAGGUUUUAAUGAUUUAUUAUACUUCCCAAUCAAGUUAAAGGAAGUCAGAAUGUACAUGACGUUCAACUAUGCAGGACAAUUACCCAAUUUAGAUUCUACUUUUUAAGCCUUGGCUCAGUAUUUGCCCUCCUAAAUCACAUCACAUGCAGAUCAUCAACCUAUUGUUUCUGUAACAUUUAAUUGUCUUAUUUAUUGUAACAUGGCUCUCUUUGUAAACCGCUGAGGAGUAAGUUGGCGCUAUAUAAAUUUAUAAUCGCAAUCGAUCAUAUUUGUCUUUGCUCUUUGUGAUUUCCCCGGCAGUACGCAGGGCUUAGCUCAUUGACUGAGAGAAAAAUAUACUACUGUGUAGAAGGAUUAUUGGAUAUCUGGAAUGUUUUUACAGUGGGCAUAAUAAAGAUAAACCGUGAAAUAGACCAGUUAGUAGAUAUCUGUGAGUUUUAUGUAUUUUAUUUUUUAGAAUUCGAGACUAGAUGGGCUGCCUGCCGAUCUGUUACCAAAGCGUGUCUGUGAGAUUUCAUGAUUGAUUACCAGAUUGCUUAGGGUCAUAUGCUUAUCUCUUGUAACAAUAUUGCUUCUUGAGUAUCAUUGACCAUGGCCUCCAGUGAACUGCUAACUGUCUCUUCUGUUUUAUCCAAUGACAGGCCAUAACACUACAGCUAAAGUUCAUGUUAACAUAGAAACUUAGAAUGUGACAGCAGAUAAGAACCAUUCGGCCCAUCUAGUCUGCCCAAUUUUAAAAAUACUUUUAUUAGUCCCUGGCCUUAUCUUAUAGUUCAGAUAGCAUUAUGCAUAUCCCAAAAAAAAAUUCCCUCAUGUUUUACCAAAUCUUGUUCUGAGCUGUCGAAUGACUCUCUAAUGACACUGUCAGAGCUUUACUUACACCGCCGCCAACAAGGUGCAUUUUCUCUGCACAUACAUAUUCCAAGCACUAUGAAAACAGAGGUGGUCAUGGUGUUUGGAGAAACCCUUUAGUAAUCCUGUUUUAGCACGUUUUUCUUAUGUUUAAAUUCGCUCGCAACUUGUUUAUGCUCUCCUGUGGCAAAUCCUCAUUGAUUUGUGUUGGCUUUCCACUGUUAGGCUUCAAUGGUUACUCUAAACACCAUAACCACAUUAGUGUUUUGAAGUGUGCAUGGUGUGUGGAGUUCAGUGUGCAAAUUUCAGUUUGAAACAUUGCACAUAUAGAGAUAUUUUAUAUUCGUGCCAGAAGUGUAACUCCACCUACCGUAGUGUCUUUAUGCUGUCAUUAACCAGUCCAGAACCAGAGUUCCGGGCCAGCUAUUCUCAAUUCAGUACAUGUUUCUAUGCACAGACAGCCCAGCUGACGCUCUACCAGGGCUUGAUAUAUCCCAGGUCGCCAUGGCGACCAGGAAAUUUUGUCCUUGCGCUUGGGAUCUGUGUACCUGUUCAGCCCCCUAGGUGACAGUCAGCUCAAUGAGGACUGAGUGAAGGAGAGAGGUGGACGGCUCAUUAAGAGUUAAGGUAGGGAGGCAGGUGGCUGACCUGGGGAAUGAGGGGGCAGCUGGGUGGCUAAUGGAGAGCUGAGGGACGGAGGGGGCGUCCGACUGGCAAAUGAGGGAGGCGGAUGGCUGAUUAUUGGGUGGGAGGGAGCUCUAAUCUCUCUGCUUUUCCUCCUCGCACACCUUGUAGUGAUGCCGGGAUCCGGGUUAUGACAUCACUCCGGCUCACUAAACCGUGCGCGAGAAGGAGCAGAGCAGUUAGAUGACAGCAGCCCCACUGGACGCCAGGGAAAGCCUAUCAACUCCAGCUCUCCAAAGGUAGGGAGAGCGGGUGGAUUUACAUUAAAAUAAAGUCAUUAUUUGUGCGUGUGUGUUUGUCUGUGAUUGUGUGUGUCGGUCAGUGAGUGUGUAUUUCUUCCAAUCACAUGGGAAAGGUGUAUUUACUUACCAUUUUUCCCACGCUGGGCUGAUGACGCCGCGGAUGGUCCCACCUCCAUGGCUGAGAUUAUCAAACUUGACGAUAUCAGCCAAUCCAAUGCUUCCCCAUAGGAAAGCAUUGGGAAACUAUUGUGCAUGCACAGCUCUCCAAAGGUAGGGAGAUUGGGUGGAUUUACACUAAAAUUUAAAGUCAUUAUGUGUGUUCCCUCCAAUCACAUGGGAAAGGUGUUUUUACUUACCAUUUUUCUCCCCUCCAUGGCUGAGAUCAUCAAUCUUGAUGAGCUCAGCCAAUCCAUUGCUUCCCCAUAGGAAAGUAUUGGGAAACUAUUGCGCAUGCACAGCAAAAUGCCACUGCGACAAUUUACCUUCUCAUAGAGAUGCAUUGAACCAAUGCAUCCCUAUAGGGAACAUUAACGUAAAUACUGCACAGUAGGAAGCACUCCUAGAGGCUGUCUCAGUGACUGUCACUAGAGAUGUCACCAGGCAGCAAUUUGUUUACAUUGCAAAGCAUUCAGGGACAGUAAAUAGCCUUCAGAACGACUGCAUUAAGUAGUUAUGGUGCUUGAAGUGUUAAUUUAAAAAUUACUUUUUUUGUUUUUUUUUUGUAGGGAGGCUGUAUGUCAAGUGCAGGGAGGUGUGACUAGUUCUGCAUAAACAAAGUGAUUUAAUCCCUAAAUGGCAGAGAAUUGAGUCGUGGGACUCUGGGGGCAUGAUCUAUACACCAUAACUGCUUCAUUAAGCUAAAGUUGUUUUGGUGCUUCUUGGGGAUUUAUUCACUACACAUUAAGUUACUGUGAUCAGAGAAACGAAUUACAAAGCUGAGGUUAAAAUGGCCACGCUGUGUUUAGAAAUGUUAGGAUUCGCUGUUUUAGCCUCAAUUGAGCAGUUCAGUUUUCAUUUUGCUUAAAUUCUGUGUGCUACGUAUCUUAACAGGUGUCCAAACUAGAGGAAGAGGACAUGCUGAAUGUCUCUCGGUAAUCGUUCCUGCCAGUAAUCGUUAACUUGGGAGAAACCUGUACUGCUGACGAGAACAGGGUUAAACCCAUAUGUAGUACUCACCUUCCCUGCAGGCUCAGUUUCCUAAUUUGAAUAAUACCAAAGUGAUAAAUUGAUAAGCUAUUGUCUGGCUAAAUUACGUCAUUACUUGAAGCCCAUUUGCUGUCUCGUCAUUCCUUUCCAUUAUGCAAGUUGUAGGAGUCUGGUUCUUCCUCUCCUAAUCAUUGCAAAAGUGUUUCCUUAACUUAUAAUUGGAGUCCAUUUCCUUCUGAUUGGAACCACCCGUUCUGUAGCCUGCCUGAUAUUGCACAGCUCAGGACAUUCCCUUCGACUUUAGGAGAAAGUGAAAGUGGCGCCUUAAACGUCUUUCAAUGUGGAAAUGUAAAACAAAAAGAAUGGAAAAAUAGGAACUAUUUAAAUCCACAUAGGGAGAGGGAUAAAGACAUAACAUCCUCCAGUAUAUUAUCCAACCGGAGCAUGCUGCCUUCGUCCUCUCACCUGUGUGCUCCCUCGUGCUUGACCAGUUGUAUAUCUGUUCUUGUGAGUGUAGAGGGCCCUGCUUACAAAAUGACAAUUUAGCUAGCUAUCACAGCCUAUGUCCGACGUCUCCUCUUUAUAGAACUAUUUUGUUCUACUGCUGUCGGUUGGCCAAGUCUUUGUGUUUUAUUCAUGUUCGUAUAGCCUGAUGUCUCUCCUAUUUUGCUGUACAGUCCUCUGCCAUCUAUGCUGAAUAUUGGAUCAUAUGCCAUGCUUGGCAAACUGGGGAAAAAAAUAUAGUCUCAAUCAUCAUGAACUGUCACUUGGCUCCCAAUGUAUUUACUCUGAUUAUUAGGAUGUUUAGUCCACCACCAAUUUCAACGUUUGUGUGAUAUCUGCCGUUCUCUCCCUUCCUGGCAGCUCUAAGCUUUUUGUGCUGUGGUCUGAACUCGCGAUUGUCCCGUAGAGGUACUGGAAUCCUGAAUGCUGAGUGUGACACUUCGUGUCAGUGCAGUUUGCACGUUUAUUGGUGACUGAUACUGCUUCACGCUUAUUGAGUGUGUACUGACUGUAUAGUACUUAAUGUGAGCCCCCGGUACAAAGUAUACCCUGCGGUGUGUGCGGUAGGACACUGGAUACAGUGCUCCAUUAUCCCUGCGCAUGGUGUUCCUUUUUUUUGGACCUGUUUGUUACUAGUGCACAUGAUUGUGAUGCCAGCAUGUCUACAGUUAUAACCCGGUUAAUUCUUGUGUCAAGUACACUAAAACAGAGAAGGGAUGUACAUACAGAGGGGGGUGUAACAAAUCCAGAAUAAACAUAAAAUGACUACAGACGUUCUGCAAUAAUUCAGAUAGGACAUCCAUUGUUUGAAAUCCAGUGAUAAAGUAGGAGACUCACAAAGAGCUGACAAUCUAGUUUUCUAUUUGAAGCAUGUGCUUCGCAGAACUGAAAACUUAGUAAAAUAAUGGAAAAACUCUGCCAGGCGGAGCUUACAAUUGAGCGGUACAUCAUGGGAGAAUGAUCAGAGAGCUAAUAGUACAGGUUUUAUGGGAGGUUCUGCCACCCAGACAUUACAACACAAUGGUUUAAUGAGAAAGCCUUACCCAAGUAAUGCUUUGUUUGAUUACAUGUUUGUAAGCUUUCUCAGGGAACUAUAAAGUGUUAGGAGGUUUCCCAAUAAACAUACCGUCUAUUAAUAAAACUGAUCCAGAUUUCACCGUUGCAGUAGUGUAAAGACUUGUUGCUUGUUCAGAGUGCGUUGAUGAAAAUGCAGUUAUUUUGACUUUUGAAGCUGGCUGUUUAAAACAUUGAGCUUAUCUAAGUUUUGAUUAACUUUUAACCUAUAGUUAUUAGUCUGCUUGCACACUGAGAUACCUGUUUCUCUAACAGAGAAGGCAUUUCUGUUCUCCCCUCCAGUGGUGAUGCAAACCGUGUGUGUGCCCCAAUUGCGUCCAAGAUGUACCAUCAAAUCAUUGCUCUGGUAGGAUACAGUUGUUCUGCAAAGAGACCCUUUCUAAUUCUGUACAUGUUUCUCUUUUGCAGGAUCUGGCACCGUGGCAAAGACUGCUUCGUCUGAGGUGAGGCACCAUCUCUGGAGGGGAGGGGGUGGCAAUAUUGGUUUAAAAGGAUUUUCGCUUCCAAUCAAAUCGCUGAUUAAUCCUCUGCAGAGACGCCACAUUGAAUUGUCCAUGGUUCUGCCUGGUCCUGUGAUUGUCUGUUGGCUAUAAGGUAGAUGUGAUAUUGGCACAAUUAACUGGAUGCUAAGCCACUGACUGCAUCACCAUAAUCCCUCUCAGGCUAAGGCUUGAGCCCUGUACAUUCAAUGUGCAUCUCCUUUCAUGGGUGGGGAGAAUUUCUCUGAUCUCAGGGUGGAAUGAGCCUCUGGCCCUCUGGAAGAAAACUGACCAUGUAUUCUUUUGCUGGUAGAUGCCCAGCUCUUCGAAUCAGUUUGGUGUGCAGACUAUGAAGAAGAUUGGUCACAGAGGGGUGGACUCAACGGGAGAGACCACUUAUAAAAAGGUUAGCACGGGCAUCUGGUGGCAGUUACUCUAGGGUAAUUUUGUUGGCAUCUUUCAAAUUUCCUUUUUAAUUUCCUUUUUUAUUUUAUUUUUAAAUAUGUAAUUGUUUCCCCACCGAAUAGUAGUUUUUACGCCCUUCAUACUCUCUCUUACGCAGACCACGUCUUCUGCCUUGAAGGGUGCCAUCCAGCUUGGCAUUACACACACCGUGGGCAGCCUCAGCACCAAGCCGGAGAGAGAUGUUCUCAUGCAGGAUUUCUACGUGGUUGAAAGUAUCUUUUUCCCCGGGUAUGUUGAGCUUCUUUUGGAUUCCGACUUUUGUCUUUUAAAGGGGUCACAUUGUGGUUGGGUAUUUCUCAGACACAGUUGCUUGACUGAAAUACAAGUUUGCAAAACUUCAUCAACCUAUCCGAUUGUAAAGGAAAGAAUGUAAUAGUGUUUUUAAAUAAGUAAUAACAUUCCAUUUGAUGAUAAUGCUUUGAUGCUUAUAAUGGAUAAUAUACAAUCCCUUUCAUCAGCAGGGUGGAUAGAUAACAUAGUUUUAACAAAAUCUUGUUUUCUUGCAGUGAGGGGAGCAAUUUGACUCCUGCCCAUCAUUAUAACGAUUUCCGCUUUAAGACAUAUGCUCCUGUUGCAUUCCGCUACUUCAGGGAGCUUUUUGGCAUUCGACCAGAUGACUAUUUGGUAUGUACAGUAGGACCCUAUGCUAAAGAAGCAUUCUGAUUGGCUUGCAUACCGAAAGGUUUAAGAGGGAGCCUGACCAGACGGCUAACAAUUCAUAAUCACUGGAGUUUGUAGUCUAGUGGUACAGAGGCUCUGCUCUAAGGAGUGAAAAAUAUAUUGUUAUAAUGUUAGAGCCUAAUCAAAAUGUUGAGAUUGUAAUUAGAUAAUUGAAGGCACCUCAUGCAAAAGCAUAGUGUUGGAAUAUUCUUUAUAUACCUUUUUAUAUACACAUGGAGCCAAACUAGUGAAACUAGUCAUCGGAGCUUUCAGUCUGCUUGUGUAAUGUGAGUCUAGUGAUUAAGUAGACUCUGUUACCCCUAGAAAUUGUCUAGCAUAGAGCUAAUAUUAAAUCUUUUCCCCUUUUUUCCCCCCCACAGUAUUCUCUCUGUAAUGAGCCCCUCAUUGAGCUGUCUAACUCGGGGGCCAGCGGGUCCCUAUUCUAUGUGUCUGGGGAUGAUGAAUUUAUCAUUAAAACAGUUCAGCACAAGGAGGCAGAGUUCCUUCAGAAACUGCUGCCUGGAUAUUACAUGGUAAGAGACACGUAUUACUGUAUAUACGGCUGGACACUGCUGAUUUAUUUUAGGUGUUCAUUUGCAAUAAUUGGAUUGCUGUUGCUAUGUUUAACUUUGUAAAUAUUCUGUGUAUUGUAGCUGCAAUAUUUAAUUUGUCUCAUCCCACUGGAAAUGCUUGAUCAUUAAUUAUUAAAAAAACAAUUGCUCUGAUUUUUUUUCUUCGUCAGAACCUGAACCAGAACCCUCGGACCUUGCUCCCCAAGUUUUAUGGACUAUACUGUGUGCAGGCGGGCGGAAAGAAUAUCCGUAUAGUUGUGAUGAAUAAUUUGCUUCCCCGUUCCGUCAAAAUGCACUUGAAAUAUGACUUGAAGGGCUCAACGUACAAAAGGCGAGCGUCCCUAAAAGAACGAGAGAAAAGUUUCCCCACCUACAAGGACUUGGACUUCAUACAGGAUAUGCCAGAUGGACUUUUCUUGGAUCCUGACAUGUACAGUGCUCUUUCAAAGACCAUCCAACGAGACUGCCUGGUGAGGGUGCUCAGAGUGUAUUACGAUGGUUUGUAAUGGAAUAUGUGGAGGGGUCCCUACUUUCCCUAAAUAAGAAUGUUGAUUGCUGUCCAGCUGUGAAAUAUUCUGAUGGCCAUAUUAAUGGAGCUUUCUCGAGUAUGGUUCUAGAGUAAACAUUGCUUUGUUCCUCAGGUUCUUCAAAGCUUCAAGAUUAUGGAUUACAGCUUGCUUGUGGGUGUCCACAAUAUCGACCACGCUCAGAAGGAGAGUGCAAUAGUGGAUGGACAAAACAAUUCUGAUACAAAGCGGCCAGCGGCACAGAAAGCCCUUUACUCCACUGCCAUGGAGUCCAUUCAAGGGGAGGCACGGCAUGGCGGUUCCAUUGAGACUGACGAUCAGUAUGUUUGCCUCAUUUAAUAUUUCCAUGCUUACAAUAUAAAAAUUGAGCUCUUUUGUUAUAUGUUAAGGAAAGUUAAAUAGUCAGUUGUCUAACCUUCGGGCCUUGUAGAGAAAGCUUCAUACCACUAUUCUGCUGUGCUAUUGAGAAAGGCUUUUCAUGGUUUUGUAUCAGAAAACGAGGAGUCUUUUUAACAGGAAACCUGUUGAUAUUUGGCUAAUUCAUAUGUAACACUGUUUUGUGUAUAAUGACAAUGUUUUUCUCCCAGGAUGGGUGGUAUUCCGUCUCGUAACGCCAGAGGGGAACGUCUCUUACUGUAUAUUGGAGUUAUUGAUGUGUUACAGUCUUACAGGUCAGUGACUUUUAUUAGAUGUAGCGCUCGAGAGCCAAACUACAGCCCUAAAAAGGAAUACAUUACCCUAACUAAAAUAUUAAUACUACUCCCCUGUUUCUGAGCACAGUUUGUGUAUAGUGUGUGUAGGGAAACUUGUGCAAUGUCCACCCUGUAGGCUUUCCCCUGUGUAUAUCACCCUCCAAAUAUAGGGGACUAGUCAAAGUGUGAAAUAAUAGAACAUAUAUAAAUUAUUGAUGAGAUGCCCAAGCUAUUUAAGCAGUCCUAAAGAUGAAACAUACCACAAAAUGAUUAAUUUGCAGUAUUUUUUUUUACCUAUAUUUAAUUGGUAAGAUUUGAUUUUGCAAUCUUUUUCUAAGCCUUGUACCUAUCUGGGCUUCAACUUUUCUUAUGUCAAGUAUAGACAUGUGCAUGUAUAUAUGUAUAUUCCUUUACUUUAUAAUCCUCCAUCAUUUCAGCUGGAUUCCAUGUAGUAUAGCCCUAUGCCAAUCCUAGAUAUAUGUAAAUCACAGUACUAUAAUAUCCUCUACAACUUCGGUUAAAGGGGAUAUCGGGAUUCAUUCUUAUUCUACUAAUCUAUUACAUGUUAAGUGUUCUAUCCUUUGAAAGACGUCCCAGUUGUCUUUAUGUGUAGAUACUGAUUGUGUGAUACUUCUCACUCGUCAGAAAUUAGACCAAUUAGGCUCUUAUUGUGUUUGCGUUUUGUUUUUGUGUAGAUUUAUUAAGAAACUGGAGCACUCGUGGAAAGCGCUGGUGCACGAUGGGGUGAGUCUGUUACUCCUGUAAUAGCCUAUAUGUCUGUGCAAUGUCAUGAUUGAAUCCUCACACUCCUCCUUUCCUCUCUGUUUUCCCAGGACACAGUGUCUGUUCACAGGCCGGGAUUCUAUGCUGAACGCUUCCAGAGAUUCAUGUGCAACACGGUUUUCAAGAAGAUUCCAUGUGAGUUUAUCUUCAAUAUUUCUGUCCUAAAAAUAUUCUAGAGAAGGAUAGAAUGAGGCUCCUGUAGUCUAAACUAUAGUUCUUCCAUUCCCUGGAAAUGAGUUGGCAUGGAGCAGUAGGACAAGAAUAGUCUCCUGGUCUGCAAGUUGAUAUGUUUCACUACCUAAAUAUGAGCUUUAGAGUAAGAUGAUUGACUGGGGAUAGAUAAAUCUUAGCUGCAAUCCUGGGCCGCAAAUAAGAGAUGUUAACGCACAUUGAGAGAGGCUUAAAGCCCAAAUGUGUGCAAUUUGUUUAUUAAAGGGUAAGAGUGUUAUUGUAAUGGGUUCAGCUUUAACACAGUGUCUGUUACAUCUCUAUAACUGUAUGAUUUUUAACUUAAGCAUUUAAGUUCAAGAUCUAGAGGAUUUAGACUAAAGUUGUAGAGGGUACGUGGCUGGGUACAUCGCUGAAUUCGCAAAAAACCCAGACAAUGACAUCGCUUCUGGAGAGGGGAGCGAGUGCAGGUAAAGGUGAGAUUUACCUACCUGAACCUGUCCCUCGUGGACGCGGCCUAAUUGAUCUGGCAGGUUCUCAGAGCUGCAUGAACAAGAGUACAGCAUUGACGUCUGUGGGUGUGACCACGGGAUCCUCCAUAGACAGAGACGUCACUGGUGACAGCUGUCUGAGUUGUCGGUUAGACUCUGCCAAAGUCCUUACUUUGUCUCUGUAAAUCUAUUGACUGGGUUGGAAUUUUGGUGAAAUUCCAACACAGUCAAAAUUUGUAUUUCAAAAAGAUUCUAAUGUAGUUGUUCUGGUGUUUGUAGUCUGUCCCUGCAGGCCUUUCAAUGUAAACACUGCUUUUUCAGAGAAAAGGCAGUGUUUAUGUUACUGCCCAGUAACCCCUUAGUGACAGUAACUCAAACGGUUACUACAGGUGCUUCUUUUGUCAGUGCUAAAUGUUCCCCAUAUAGAGAUGCAUUGAUUCAAAGCAUGUCUAUGAGGCGAUGCUGAUUGGCAUGGCGUUUUGCCACACAUGCACAAUAGACUCCCAAUGCUUUUCUGUGGGUCAGCCCUGGGAAGAAAGGGUGAGUAAAUCACAUUUUUACUGCACAGAUAGGGACCCUGGGAACCUAUUAUAUUUAAACCCAAACAUUAUUUUAGGACUAUAGUAUCAGGAAUACAUGUUCUUAUUCCUGACACUAUAUUGUUUUUUUAAAACCAACCUGCACUAGAAGUAGAUGACACCCAGGGAGACCUAUAGUCAGAGAAACUAUAAACAGGUAGUUAUAUCCUAACUGUCGGCAGCUAAGUUGUGAAUUAAAAUGAGCUCACUUAGUGUUGGGGCUGAGACUGUGUAUACAUUUGAAGUCUUUCUGGUAUGGGGUGUGUGGCUAAGGAGUCAGGCAUACGGUGCAGCAUUAUGCUAAACAUUGUUUUAUCAUUUAUUUUUGUAUGAAAAACAAAGAUUUUAGCAUUAAAAAUAAUAUAGCAUAUUAAUGAGUCAAAAACGACCAAAUGCAUUCAAGUUGCAUUGGAGUUACCAUUUCAAGAUUAACAAAUGCAAGAAAUAUGUAUUUAACAUAUUUGCAUGUGGCAUUUCUUGAUCAUAGUUUUAGGCUUCAGAUAGACACAGUGAAAAGUUUCCACGUUCUAUUCUCAGUAAAAGCAUCACCUUCUAAGAAAAGCCGGACAAUGCCUGGUUUGACACGCAGAGCCACCCAGAGCGCAGUGCCCACUCAUUUACAGCUGACUGGAGAGUCCAAGCAGUACCUCGCAGUUGAAGGAGAUUUGGAACAAGGUGAGUCACCAGUUAUUGCCUUUAUCAUUGUACUCCUUCCUGCACCUCUCUCUACUCACAGUGGAUUUUCGUUUAGGUGCACACUUAGGAAGGCCAGACCUCCUUCCCCGAACCCCACCUGUAGAUGAAGCUGCCAGUGACUCACUAGCGACCACUUUAUCCACAUCCUCGUUGGGCAGUGGAGGGUUAAAUUCCCCUGCACACAGGUAUCUUUAAUGGGCUUUGAUAAAGAAUAAAGCUGCAUCCAGAGUACUCUGCCUACAACUAAACCCUUUCUCUCUGUUUUCCAGGUCUGUGGGAGUGGAGGUGCACAAAUCAGAGGUGCCAGACUACGACUUACAAACUCGACGCAGCAGUGGCAUCUCUGACACGUGAGUUAAGCAACUGUCAAGCCUCAUUCUGAUCUUUCAAUCCUCACUACCACCUAACCAAUAGCCUUGUAUAGGUCAUUUCACUGUAUUUCCAUUUCUUUUUUUUCUUUUUUUUUAUGUAUGCGUUUGUUUUUUAUAAUAAUUAAAUUUAGUUAGGCAAACUGAACCGUAAUAAAACACAAAUGUAGUAGUAAUGUCAAUCAUGUAAUAUUCAAGAAAAGGGAAAUAAAAUUAAAAAAAUCAAUUAAUUUUAUUCUUUACCAUCUUUGGACAGGUAGCCCCAAGCUUCCCAACUUUGCCUUAAAGGACACCUAUAGUCACCCAGACCACUUCAGCUCAAUGAAGUGGUCUGGGUGCCAGGUACCCCAGGUUUUAACCCUGCAGAUGAAAACAUAGCAGUUUCAGAGAGGCUAGAGGCGCUUCCCCGACGCUCAAUGCAAAAAUCGCAUUGAGCACGCAGAAUGUCCAUAGAAAAGCAUUAAGAAAUGCUUUCCUAUGGGCGGUUUUAAUGCGCACACAGCUCUGGCCGCCCAUUCGGCUUCACUCUGGAGCUGACGUCGGAGGUGGAGGAGAGGUCACCAGCGCAGAGGGAGCCCGGUGCUGGAUAAAGGUAAAUGGCUGAAGGGGUUUUAACCCCUUCAGCCCAGCAGGAGGGGGGCCCUGAGGGCAGGGGGGGACCUAAGGAUUAUAUAGUGUCAGGAAAACGAGUUUGUUUUCCUGACACUAAAAUGGUCCUUUAAUAAAGUCAUACAUACCCCUCUACUUUACUUGUCCUAAUCAGUUCUCCCAAUCAUGUUCUGUUCUGUCACCCUUGACCUGUUACCUAAACCUAGUCACCCACCCCUUCAAACAUCACUCCAUCUUCUCCUUCUUUCCUUCAAAAUACAUGCACGUUGUCUCCACUUGGCAUCAAGACAAAUUCUAAUAAUUUUCAGAGCCUCUUCCAGGUUACCAAAUACCACUCUUUGAAAGCUCAUUCUGGUCACUACUUUUCUUCAAAUCACAUUCCAGUGUAAACAUUCAGUGACUGGCUUUCCCCUUACUUUGUCCUUGGUCACUGUCCCUCUCUUCUAAAACACACACAGGUUUCUUAUUGAAUUUCCUUGUUUGUUUUUUAGUGCCCGCAGACCCAGGGCACCAGAUGAAAUGCAGAUGCAAGGAGGUGGAAGUCAAGAAGAUGAGGAUGAUGCUCUGGAUGUUAACCAAAUUGAGACCGAAAUCUGCUUUGUAAGUAUUUCUUGAUAUGUUUGGUACAUUUUCAUAGUAAAGGAACACUAUAGCACUAAGAAAAUGAACCUGCAUUCCUUACGGUAUAGUGCCCAAGGCCCUAUUUAUACUCAGUACCCCCUUUUUGCAAACUAAAAAUAAUAAAUGAUUACACUUUUUGCAGCGCAAAACUCCCUCUGUUCUGCUGCCAGCUCCGCCUCACACGACAUCAUAAGAGUCAGCCCCUAUGGGUGUGGUUAACCCCACAAUAUAAACAUUACAGUUUCUACAAAAUCGCAAUGUUUUAUAUACCAGGGUUAAAACUAUAGGGCAGCUGUACCCAGACCACUUGAUUGAUAUAAAGUGGAGAAGGGAGCAUUUAUUGGUCCUUUAAAAAACCCAUAUGACCCAGAGGUUUGUGGUUUUUUUUGGAAACGUCAUGCUUGUCAAUGGUGCUACCAUUUACAGAAUGAAUCUGCAUUAAUGUAUAAUAAAAUGGAUUGACAGAGGUAUGAAUAAAUAUCACAGGGGCUGUGAAUAGAUUGCUCAGAAUUUAGCUUGCAGCUCAUAGGCUAGGGGCAUGUUUUGCUUGGCAGAGAAUUCUAAAGAUAAAUAUAAUUUAUAGAAUGCAUUGUAAAAAUAGUAGAAAUUUGACACAUACUGUAGAUUGAGUAAUGCAUUGAAGUAUAGUGAGGUAUGGACAAUGUUGGUGAAUAUGUAUGUGACACAGACAAAAUAAUGGACAUGAUCUGCAUUCAACAUAUUCUUUUUGUUUCCACAGUGAGAUGGAAUAAGUGGAUUGCUGACAAUUGCACGCUGCAUUCGUGAAGCUCUGCUGACAGAGUCCGGAAGAGGACACUACUUCUGCUGCUCAGUUUUCGUAACGGAAUCUGUGCUGUCAGUAACUGAACUUACUUUGCCUCCUCUGCCCUGUCCAAGGGCUUCUGUUACAAGCGGUUAAAAUGGCUGCUUUCUGGAAAGGUCACUCGCGGAGGGCGAAGGACUCCUCCAUUUUGCCUUACUCUACAACCCCCUUCGUGGAAAGUGUUUUACGUCUUUUCAUAUUUAAUAUAUAUAUAUUUUUGAAGUAGACCAAUCGUUACACGUAGAACUUGUGGUUUUCUUUUCUUUUUGUUUUUUUGAAGAUGCUUUUGAAAAAAACACGGACCAAAAACAACUUUAAAAAGCAGUUGCUGCCUAUUUUGUGGCUCCUUCCCUUGCAAGGAGCUGUGACCUCAUCCAUCACUUGCCCUGUUGUGUUUAAAAGGGCCGGAGCAUGGUCAGGUGACCUUAUUGCAGUGUUGAAAACGGGUGGCAGUGUGAGGAUGUUACCCUUGGGCGAAUUGAACAAUCGAACUUGCCCAUUAACACCUUUUAACCAAACAUACUGUGCGAACAUACAAGCUCCAUCCUGUCUGUUGCCUUCUGCAUGUGCAUUGACGCCAAAGUCCUUACACCAUAUGUGUGUGUAUAUAGGAGUGACCCAUGCUCUCAUAUUUUUUUAUUUUUUUUCUGCAAAACCUCUCUGCUUCCAGCAGCUCCAAAAUAAAGCACUGGGGGCAGCAAAGAGCGACAUGAAUGUAAAAGGGACUUUCUGUCGGCAAUAAAUGAACUCUGAAUUUUUUUCUCUAUACAGCCCUCGAAGUUUUAUUAUGUAGCUCCAGGGCUACUGUCUGGAGAGCAGGGUAGCCAUCUGGCAUAGCACCACGAUGCAGUUCCACCAUAGCUGCACAGCUACUUUUUGGCCAGUGUGUCUGUAGACUGUGACCCUCCUGGCAGUGAAGGGGUUAGUAUUUGCAUUCAAUGGUUUUUCUUUUCUUUCCGUAAUACUAACUUGGUAAAUUAAAAUGAAAACUCGUACUUGAUCCCUCCAAUCCAAAAUGUACUCUGGGUGCAUGUAGACUCCAUUUAUAAGGUCCCAAAACACUAUAUUUAUAAAUGCCCACCUCUUGCCAGACAAUGGAUAAUUGGUGAUUUUAUGGAUUAUUAUUUUUUUUAUUAUUUUUUUUUUAACCAGUGCUUGGAAUGUCAAAGUUCCAUUUUUAUUUUCUUUGCUACAUCGAUUUUAUUUUAAUUUUAUUUUUUUUGGUUGUUUUCUUUUGCUUAUUUCACAUUGUUUUACUAUUUAUUUAUGUGUUUUAAUUCUUGAUAAAUGAUUGCUCCUGGAGCAGAGUUAUAUAUCUGUAUCUAUAGAAACAUAUAAAGGAACAACUGAAAGAAUGUAUUGUUGGCUGCAGUUAUUUUGUGAUGUGAAGAGGAGCUACAGCUGCUGGAGU